AUGUCUCAAUUGCAGACCUUCAUUCAUUCAUCUAGCGAGAAGGGUCUUUCGAGUGUCUCGACCCUGGUCGUGGGCUGCAAUGUCUGCGUUCUCUUUGAUCCACCGUUUUUGAUCCCAGAUGCCGAUUCGGUGGUCGAAUGGAUCAAGAAAACGACGCCGGUGCCGCUGACGGCCGUCUUCGUCACACACCAUCACCCUGACCACUACUUCUCCGCCAACCCGAUUCUCGAAGCAUUUCCAGCUGCAACGUUGUAUGCCGCCCCCUAUGUCUGCGCGGGAAUCGAUCGGGAGUACGAUGAGAAGAUCAAGUACUGGCCCUCGGUGUUUGGAAAGGAGAACGUCCCUGCCAAACCGCGGAAGCCGACCCCUUUCGAAUUUAGCUUUUUCCAAUUAGACGGCAACCCCAAGUCGCCUAUCGUCCUCCUGGGUCCACUACAAGGGGACUCGGUCGACCAUACAUUGUUCUGGCUGCCUCAGGAGAAGGUCAUCAUCUGCGGGGAUGCUGUCUACGCCAGGAGCACUCAUGUUUGGGUUGAAGAGGUCGAGACUCCACAGAUUCUUGAAGCAUGGCAGAAAACCCUUGAUGUGAUCGAAGCCAUCGGCGCCGCGAAGAUCAUUCCUGGCCACCUUGAAGCCGGCUGGGAAUUGGAUGCGACCGAGGAUAUGGCGCAUAUGCGAAAGUAUCUAAAUUUAUUUUCCGAAAAGGUGACUUAUGCGAAAUCGAAGCCACAAAUCAAGGAUCUGGUCAUGACGUUCAAAGAUGCAUUUCCUCAGGCAGACAAGAACCUGGACUUCUUCCUGGGCCAUUUGUCAAACCAGUUCGGAGAAGGGGGAGAAAUCUGGGAGGAGAAUAGACACCACAAUGUAGGAGCAAGGAAGAAGGAGCAAUUGGAAGGGUUCUUGCUGCGGUGA